GAAAAAAAAAAUUUAAUGGGAGGAGAGAUUGACGGAGCAAUGAUAACGUUUGCAAGUUACAAAUCGAAGGAAAGACAAGCCGGUUAUGGCAGAUCACACAUGAUCAUCGCGUCUGGGAAUUUCUCUUGGGGUAAGAAGAUCCCAGAAAUGGAAAUAUUCCCCCAAUUCUAGAUUCCACUACUACUUUUCAGAUCUUAACGACCCUGAUGCCUUGCCAAAUUCUGAAAUAGAAAGAAACCGUCUGCCUCAUUUGCGAGGAUGGCAUCUAAUAUUAUGCGUUUCUAUCUUAUGCAUUGGUCCUUUCGGAUUAAUUUUCUCAAAUAGGUCCUACAGAGAUCAAGAGUAAUGGAAUCGGCAGAAAGAAGGGCCUCUUAUGCAGCUAAUGGUUGUUUCACUCAUGAUUUCAUGAUGCCGCAGAAUUCUUCUGACCACCCAUCAUCAAUUUCUGAAACAUUGGAAUCUGAUUGGGUGUCUUGCAAUUCUGUCAAUGAUCAGGUCAACUCAGGUGGAACACGCCAUAAGCCUAAUCGUGAAAAAUUACCGGACAUGAAGUGGUGGCUACAUGUGAAAAGCAACCUAGGAGAAGAGGCAAAUUAUACGUGUCAACGUUUGAAUUCCUGGGAGGGCGAAGUUGAUUCUUACUGUGCAGGAUCGGUGGAUGAUAAUGUUAAAAAUGGGGAUGUUCAAUCUAUCAAACACAUUGAUUCUGUCUCUUGUAUUGGGAGUGCUAAUCUGGCUGUGGAACAGCCAUGGAAUAGCUCUAAUACCUGUAUGAAAAACAAUAACUAUAGCAGAAUGGCAAAAAUUGGGGCUGCGCUGAAUAACGAUACACAACUUACAGCUAAGAGGAUAGAUCAGGGGGAAUUCUGGUUUAAAGAUGAGCAUUUUGUAGACUGGGAUGUUACCGAUUUCCUGACCUCUGAACAAUGUAAAAAGGCCUCGUCUGAUCUAGACUCACAUUGGAUAGGCACUGAGAAAGUUGGGCCAUGGUGGCGCAAUGCUGGAAAGGAUGAGUUGGCUUCCUUGGUUGCUCAGAAGUCACUUGAACAUAUUGAAAACUGUGAUCUUCCUCAACCACAGAUUAAGCAUUUUAGGACGCCAUCCCCUUACCUAGAGUGCCCUGAACAUGACAAGACUCUGCCAUCAUCUCUGAAUGAAAAAGCCAAGAAGGGUUCUUCCUAUGUGGAAAGUUAUACUUCUGGAACCCCCACUUCUGGUUGUUCAUCACAGGAUUCAGACAGACUGUUCAGCUCCAAUCAGAGCAAAGAUUCUUAUUCGACCAGCAAGGGUGAACCUACGAAUUCAGAGUCCAAUUCCAAGGCUCAGUUGUUGGAAGCUUUGUGUCACUCUCAAACACGAGCGAGAGAGGCUGAGAAAGCCGCGCAACAAGCCUACAAUGAGAAGGAGCAUAUCCUCAGUCUCUUCUUCCGACAGGCUUCGCAACUCUUUGCAUAUAAGCAGUGGCUUCAUCUUCUGCAGCUUGAGAAUCUUUGCCUGCAACUCAGAAACAAAAACCAGCCAUUGUUACGUACAAAGCAAGUUAAGAAUGGUCAUCGUGUUGGUAAGAAGAGGAAGAACAGUAACAGAAGAAAUGGGAUCAGAAAGUGUGCUGUUGCUUUUGCUGUGGGUUUAGGACUUGCCGGUGCUGGUUUGCUUCUUGGAUGGACUAUGGGAUGGAUGUUUCCUUCUAUAUAGAUGACAUGUUUGGGUGUAACUUCAACUAACAAUAUCAUGCUCUUCCUUUCAUGCUUUGACAAGGUCCAUGAAAGUGUAAAUCUUAUGUUUCCCUGUGAUUUUCAUCUUCUGUAAGUAUUCAUAUCAUCCAUUCAGAUCCACUAGUUGUAUAUUUUGAAGAAGACUGUGUGCAAACUGUAAAGCUUGUAGUGGUAAGAGAUUCGAGUAAUUUGUAAGAGGUUUCUACUAUAAAAUGUGAUUAUUGUAUACAUUUACCUCGUACUUUUUUAAGGUAUGAUUACUGAUUAGUUGAUUUAGA